AUGGAAUAUUUAACAGUGGAAAAUGCUACGGUUAUUUCCAGUAUGAAGAAGGAAUGUAAAUAUGAUUAUGGAUGUGUGGAGGAGUAUUUGGCAGCUUGGCCAGUCAAUUCGUCCUCAACUUGUUAUUAUAAUCCUUUGAAUGUGGUUCAGUUUGCAACUACUAAUGAGUAUACACCUUACAAGUUUGGAAUUAUGUUUACAUUCGUUGCACUUGUAAUAAGUUCAAUAAUUUGGUUUGGUGUUGGUUUGGUAGCUCUUGGUAUUUACUAUUAUUGGAAAAAUGAUCCAAGUUUGGAUUUUAGUUUUAAAGGAAAUUUCACGACUGGUAAAACCACUAAUCAUAUUGCAACAACAGAUACUCAUGUUGAUGUAACAGAAAAUGCAGAAAUUCCUUUGGAAGUGUUGGAAAAUGCAAAAGACAGGUAUUGA